AUGGCGCCUGUGACCAUCCCACUAAUACACCGCCGGCUCAAGUUUGAGAAACGUGAUCGCACCGCUGAGGGAUGGGAUGAGCUCAUAAAUCUACGUGGCAAAUACGGUGUAGAUCCUACAAGAUUUAGGCGGCGUGCAUUGAACACGGUAUCCACGACCAACCAAGAUGCAGAUGUAGGGUAUUUAGUGAGGAUACAAGUUGGCACUCCUCCAAAGGAUUUCAAUGUUUACCUAGACACGGAACUUGGUGACCUCUGGCUAAGCACAAGCUCGUGCCUCCGUUGCACCAGCCCGGCAACAGGCACGCCUUUCAACCAAACCCAAAGCUCGACUUUCAGUCCUGUCCAAGGCACUCUCAACACAACCUAUGGCUAUACGCACAUAUUCGGUACUCUUGGCUCCGAUGUGGUUCAAUUAGGCCAGUUCCAAGUAUCCUCCCAGACAUUUGGUCUUGCGACAUCUCUCGGUGGCUCUAUUCUGAUCGGAGGUUCAUCCGGUAUCUUGGGCCUCGGAUUUCGUGGACGAGCGAGCUCUGGUGCAAUUCCAUGGUGGCAACAGGCAAGCACGGAAUGGAGCGCGCCACAAAUGUCCUUCUAUCUCACUCGGUCCCGCCAUGGGCCUUAUGCGACCAAUGUGGAAGAACCUGGUGGUCAGUUUACGCUUGGUGGUACUAAUUCGUCACUCUACCAAGGCUCAAUAAACUUUAUCAACCUCGUUCAUGAUCGAUAUUGGGCUAUCCCCAUGACUGCGAUCGGUAUUGUCAACAACAAGGAUAUCCAAGUUGACUCUGGCAAUCAGGUUGCGGUCAUCAAUACAGAUAUGAAGUUCAUCGGUGGCCCGUCGUCUGUCCUCGACCAGUUUUACUCGCUGAUUCCUGGCGCCCGCCCGGGGUCACAGGUCAGCUCUAGUCUUCGAAACGAUUAUAUCAUCCCCUGCAAUACCAGUGUACAAGCAACGCUCACAUUUGGUGAUCAAGCAUAUACGAUGCAAGCCUCUGAUCUUAUUGGAGGCAAGACCUCUGACGGCAAGCGGUGCCUUGGCGCAUUCUUCAAACUCGACCCUCAAUAUCUAUCGUCACCUGGGAAUGCAUCUACCACGCCGACAUGGGUCAUUGGAAGCGCAUUCUUGAAAAACGUCUACACUGUCCUCCAGUCGGAACCUGCUGCAGUUGGAUUCGCUAGGCUACGGGAUAACGUCCAAGAGUUUGGUACCCUAGGCGUUGCCGGCUUUUCAAUCAACGAGAAUGGUCAUACAAAUGGAACCAUUACCGGUGCGGCCAGCUCCCAAAGUGGGAUGACGAUAUUAGGCGGUGCACUCUGGAAUGUCAUUGGACUCGUCGUUGUGCUGGUCUCGACCUUGCCAUAG